AUGGCGUGUAGGCCGCCAUGUCCAUGUCCAUGUCCAUGUGGCUGGAGCUGCUUUUGCAUGCUGUUCUUCCUUGGCUUGCUGCUCGCCGAGGCCGUCCAUGGCGCAUCCGCUCCUCCGACUCCAAGCCUCGUUCCAGCUGAAGUGCGCGUCCUUCGCCGGAUCGCGGCCAGACUCGGUGUGUCCAGCUGGGACUUCGCCGCCAGCGCUGGUCCCUGCGACCACGGCGACUCUGGGGUGCACUGUGACUGCACCUUCUCUAACGGCACUGCCUGCCAUGUCACCAAGAUAUUCCUCAAGGGGCAGAACUUCUCCGGUGAGCUCCCGCCAGACUUCGCUGACCUCCCCAACCUCCUCCAGCUAGAUCUAAGCAGGAGCUUGUUUCAUGGUGGAGUGCCUGACCAGUGGGCCCGGAUGAAGUUACAAGGACUGUCACUGAUGGGGAACAGAUUGUCAGGGCCUUUUCCCAUGGUUCUCACAAAGAUCACAACCCUGACUAACCUGAGCAUUGAAAGCAAUGAGUUCUAUGGGCCAAUGCCUCCUGAAAUUGGGCAUCUAAUUCGAAUAGAGAAGCUAAUAUUAUCAACCAAUGAGUUCACUGGACCCCUUCCAACUGCUCUUUUGCUAUUCAGUAAUUUAACUGAUUUGAGGAUUUCUAGCACCAAUUUUUCAGGAAGGAUGCCUGAUUUUUGGGGAAAAUUGAAAAGGCUUGAAAAAUUGCAAAUCGAAGGAUCUUUGUUGGAAGGGCCAAUUCCCUCGAGCCUAUCUGAAUUGACAAAUCUUUCUGAUCUGAGGAUUAGUGACCUGAGAGGUAGUGGUUCAUCUUUCCCUGAUUUAAGUGGAAUGACAUCCAUGAACAAAUUGGUACUAAGGAACUGUUCCAUCAGUGGAAGCAUACCUCCUUACAUUGGCACAUGGACAACUCUUAAGCAUCUGGAUCUCAGCUUUAAUAAACUGAGUGGAGAAAUACCACCUUCUUUUGCUAGCAUGGGAGUUGUAGAUUACAUAUAUCUAACUGGAAAUUCACUCACUGGGAACAUACCUGGAUGGUUACUAAGAAGAAACAAGAUUGCGGACAUAUCUUUUAAUAACUUCACGACAGGGAGUUCAGGUCCUAGCCAAUGCCUUCCAGGGAGUGUCAAUCUUGUGGAGAGCUAUUCAGCUGAAGCGAACAGUUUAAAUAGUAUUCAGCCAUGCUUAAAGAGGAAUUUUCCAUGUGUUUCUUCGAAUGGACAAUAUCACUCUUCAUUGCAUAUCAAUUGCGGUGACAAAGAAGCAACUAUUAAUGGAACUAAAUAUGAAGCUGACACAAUACCCAAAGGGGCAUCAUUGCUGUAUGUAUCCCCAGGCUUGAACUGGGCGUUCAGCAGCACCGGGAACUUCAUGGAUGACAACAUAAAUGACGACAACUACAUUGCAACAAGUGCAUCAAAAUUGGCCGUGUCCAAUUCAGAUCUGUACACCAAAGCCCGUCUUUCUCCUCUUUCGCUCACAUAUUAUGGGCUUUGCGUGUUAAGUGGGAGCUACACAGUUAAUCUCCACUUUGCUGAAAUUGUUUUCACAAAUGACAGCACAUAUUAUAGCCUUGGCAAAAGAAGAUUCAACGUGUUUAUACAGCAGUCGGCCGGUGCGGCUGCAAUGCCAGUUAUCAAGACUUUUCAAACAUAUGUCACAAAUCACACUCUAGAGAUUGAGUUCUAUUGGGCAGGAAGAGGGACAACUGGCAUUCCAUAUAGAGGUUCUUAUGGCCCAUUGAUAUCUGCAAUAUCAGUAACUCCAAAUUUCCUGAUUCCAUUGGCUGUUGAGCCUCCCAAAGCUGGAAGUAGCAAAAAACGGAGUUCAAGGGCAUCUAUUGCUUUAGUAAUUGGAAUUCCUAUUGUAGCAAUAUUCACUGCUCUGAUUGUCGGCAUUUAUUGUACUAAGAAGCAGAGAAAGAGUUCGAUGCAUAAAGAACUCAGAGCCCUUGACCUGCAAAUUGGCUCCUUCACCUUGCGUCAAAUCAAAGCAGCAACUAGGAACUUCGAUGCAGCUAACAAGAUUGGUGAAGGAGGAUUUGGUUCAGUUUACAAGGGUUUAUUAUCCGAUGGUACCAUCAUCGCUGUCAAGCAGUUAUCAUCAAGGUCUAAACAAGGAAAUCGGGAAUUCGUGAAUGAGAUAGGCAUGAUAUCUGCACUCCAGCAUCCUAACCUUGUCAAACUCUACGGCUGCUGUACAGAAGGAAACCAGCUGUCGCUAGUUUAUGAGUAUAUGGAAAACAAUUGCCUUGCACGAGCUCUUUUCGCUGAACAGUAUAGACUGAGAAUGGAUUGGGGAACAAGGCAUAAGAUUUGCCUUGGAAUAGCAAGAGGUCUAGCAUAUUUGCAUGAGGAGUCUGCAAUAAGGAUCGUGCACCGAGAUAUCAAGGCCAGCAAUAUACUGCUCGACAAAGAUUUGAAUGCCAAGAUCUCAGAUUUUGGGCUAGCAAAGCUUAAUGAAGAUGAUCACACCCACAUAAGCACAAAAGUAGCUGGAACUAUCGGAUACAUGGCUCCUGAGUAUGCUAUGCGUGGUUAUUUAACAGAUAAAGCUGAUGUAUACAGUUUUGGUGUUGUUGUUUUGGAAAUUGUCAGUGGAAAAAGUAACACAAACUACAGGCCGAAGGAAGACUUUGUUUAUCUUUUAGAUUGGGCAUGUGUUCUACAUGAGAGAGGAACUCUACUGGAAUUGGUAGAUCCAGAUCUAGGAUCCAAUUACUCAACAGAAGAGGCGCUCCUCAUGCUGAAUGUUGCCCUGCUAUGCACAACUGCAGCACCUACACUCAGACCAAAGAUGUCGAAAGUUGUUAGCCUGCUUGAAGGCAGCACCCCUCUGCAGCCUUUGCUGUCAGACCUCAGCCUUGCAGCAAAUAGCCUGAGCUCAAGUGGUGUACGCAGGAACUUCUGGCAAAACCCAAGUGAGAGUCAGAGCCUGACAGCACAAGCCUCAUGCAGUGAUACUAAUGAAUCAUCGACCAUUGAUAUAGAUGGUAUCCUGAGACCACUGGUAAGUUAG